AUGGAAAAGUCAGCAUGCAGCCUGUUGAGCCAGAUCGAGCAGGAGCUCAGUGCCCUGCGGGCUCAAACAGUGCAUAACCUGGAGCAGAAGUUGGCAGAGAGGGAGGAACAGCUGAGCACAGUCAGCAGCAGAUUCCUGCAGCUCCGACAGGACUUCGAGUACAACUUGCAGCUCCUGGAUGGCCGCGAUGCCGAGUUGAUGCAGUAUGAGGCGGAGGUUGAGGGGCUGCAGUCUGGCCUGGAACAGCAGGGAUGCCUGGUGGAGGAGCUCCAAGCAUCCCUCUCCAAAGCCCAGACAGACUUGGAGAGGGAACAGCAGGUGCUGCAGUCAGCGACAGAGGUGUGGCAGUCACACCACCAACAAUUGGUCCAAGAAACCGCCCAGAUCAGCCAGCAACACGAGCAGCAGCUGCGCAGCGUAGCCACUGACUUUGAGGCAAGGCAGGGUGCUGUGCUGGCUGAACUGGCAGAGGCAAGGGCCAAGAUGGAUGUGGCAGAGGAGGCUGCGAGGCGAGUAGCGGCUGCAGAGCAGAGCUAUUCAGCAGCCACUGCUGAGCUGCAGGCGCUGCAAAGGAGCCGAGAUGCUGCAGAAAGGGAGCUCACAGAGGCGAGAGCGCAGCUUGACCGGGAGCGCAUACAUAUCCACAAUUCCAUAGCACAGCUUGAAGAGGAGAGGGGAGUGAGCGAGAGGAGGCACAAAGCAGCUGCCGCGCAGCUGCAGGCUGAGCUGGACGCGGCAACUGCUGCAGCCCAGGAAGCUGAGCGGAAAACAGAGGCGGCUGCAUGUUCUGCAGCACAGCUGCAAGCAGAGCUGAAAGCAGAGCUCGCCAGACUCUCAGGUCGGAGUGCAGCGCGAGAGGCUGCAGAGAGGGAAGGCGUGGGGAAGCUGGAAGCUGCACGGAAUGAGUGCAAGCAGCUGGAAGAGCGGCUGCGGUCCCAACACGAUGCAGAGAUGUCUGGGCUGAGGCAGCAAGUCCAAGAUUUGCAGAGGAGGCAUGAGAAGGAGUUGCAUGACCGUUCAAAGGCGGCAGCAGCUGAGAUUACUUUCUUGGAGGCCAAGAUUCAGUCCUUGGAGCAGGCACUCAAGAAGGGGACCAACGGCAUGCAGAAGCUGCAGGAGGCACAGGCAGCUUUGUCAUCGAGGGAUGCUGAGCUGGUAGCGCUGCGCGCUGAGGUGGCGGCUCUGCAGACGGGAACGCCCCAAGCUGGCGCGGCAGCCCGAUCAAAAACUCACAAAGCUGCCGCCGCAACUCCUGAAGGGUCUUCGGCGGCGGCUGCACAGCGCUAUAGUCAACUCAGUCCCGGGUGGAAUUUCCCGGAGCCAGAGUCCCCUGACUGGCUGCGGGGCGCUCUUGGGGGCGCCAACAGCGCCAGAGGAUUUGAGGAGGACGCCUCGAAGCAGCUGCGCCUUCAGAAUGCCGGCCUGCAGGCGGCACUGGAGAGAACGCAGCAGGAGAACAAGAGGCUGUGCGCUGCGCUGGCAACGCUCACUGCUGACAUGGAAGCACUCGCGCACGCCGUAAAACGCCCUGUCGCAAACUCCUCUCCCCUUGUCGCUGAGCUGGAGCGCCAGCUGGCGGAGGCGCAGCGCAGCGUGGAGCGUCUGAGCGGGGAGAACGAGCGGCUGAUGGAGAUCAGCAGCGAGCUGCGCGCGCAGCGCCACAAGGCCGACCGCGCCGCCGCCCAGGCCGGUUCUGCGCCGCAGCAGGCAGCCAAUAUGGGCGCAAUGGUGCCUGUUCAGGGCGCAGCCAGGCCACAAUAUCCUGCGCUGCCCCCCGGCUUCUUCGGCGCGCCAACCCCCGGCGGCUUCCAGCCCUACGGCGCAUCCCCCCUGCAUUUCUUCGUCGGCCCCCAGUUCCUGCCCCCUUUCUCAUUCCCCAACCCGCCAGCUCAGCAUGACUCGCGUCCGCAUCAGCAGCCAAGCACAGGAGCACAGGAAUCAUCCAGUGGGGGUGGGCAGGGGGCGGGAACCGCAGGCAAGGGUGGCAAAAGCGAUGGUGCUGACGGGGACAAGGGGUAUGAUGCUGAUGUGGCGCAGCGGCUUCGCAGAAUAGAGGCUCUGGCCGAGGAGAUAGCGCUCGCGCAGGUGCAGGGGGGUCAGAACAGGCAGCGAAUUGCCAACAACCGCAGCAGCAGACUGAGCGCCGGGCAGGAGGGCGGCGCUGAGGACGCUCAGGAGAAUGCUGGGGUUGCCGGUGCCAACAUGGCAGCGCCAAGGGUGAAUAGGGAGCGGUUGCGCGUGAUGCAGCAGAAGGCGCAGGCCCCGAAGGUUCCCAGAGUGCGCAAUUGGAACAUUGUCGACGACCAGGAAGCCUUAGCCUUAUCAUAG